UGGAGUGGAAGGAGGGCUGAGGAUGGGCUAGGGUUUAUGUCUCCGUUAAGUCAGAAUGUCUGCUUAUAUGACAAAAUUAUAAUGUUAUUAACAUUAUAGAGAUCCAUUGGUUGAACAUGAUAUUCCUGCACAAAAGUCUAAAAGAGACUAAAGGAAGAACAGCUGGAAACGUCAGAAUCGGGCUAUAAAACAGUAUCAUUGAUAGGUUAUACUGGUGAUAUAAAGGACCCCAAGGGGAGCCUCUGAGGAGGUGCCAAGGCAUGAAACCCGUGAGGCGGAGUAGUAAAGACCUAAAUUAGGAGCAAGCCUGCAGUGAUUGCUUUUUGGUGUGUCCUGUGUGGGGACCCGUAGAGGCAGCGUGAGAGAGGAAGUAGCAAGCAACAGGAAUCCUACACGACCACAGAACAGGAGGCAGAGCUGGUCUGAACUGGGGAGUGUGGACGGAGGAGGGGAGUUUGGACAGAGCAGACAGGAACAACUUUGAAGCGCUUGUCAUCUGGGUAAUGCUAAACAUGGACAAGAUGAAACCAGACAAACAGAAGAACGAGAUGAUUGUAAAUCAUGCUUUAGACAUUAUCUAUAUGCUGACUGGAGAGGAAUAUAUAAUUGAGAAAAAGAAUUCCCAUCCUAACUAUAAUAAUUCAAGGGCAGGAGAGGUGCCUGUUAAAUAUGAUGAUAUUGCAGUCUAUUUCUCCAAGGAUGAGUGGGAGUACUUAGAAAAACAUAAGGAGAUUUAUCAGGAACAAAUGAUUUCAGAUGAAAUGAAAUGUGAUGAUUUUGACAUCUUUUCAGCUGGGAACUCAGGUAAUCACAGCCAAACAGAUAUGAGCAGUGGGCUACCCAGAUUGACUCUUUUGACACCACAGAGCAGAGCCAACGGUAAUAAGAAAACCCGUCUGCAAUUCCAAUCUUCCAUACAGUUAACCCAGCUGAUGCACAGCAUUGCCAGGCUUGGCAGAAGGGUGGCAAAGAUCGAUAGGAACAUAUCCCAUAUUCUUAAGGAGUUUAAUACGAACAAAACGGCCUCUGCAAAACAGUCCCACGGAAGCUCCCCUCUCAAAGAAGGUGAAGUAAAUGCCCCAAGGCCUAUUAAAACAGAGCAAAUACAGUUCGAUGUGCAUCAGGAUCAAGUUUAUCAGGCCGAACAAAAUCCUUCCCCACGAUCCUCAUGUGAACCCCAUUCACAAAGCUUCAGUGGACUGAUUGGCCAAAUCAAACAAAGUUCAUGCUCCCACACUGGUCCCCUGCCUGCUAAUAGCCAGAUGUUUGCAAAUCAUUUAGAAAUAUCGGAACAUUUACAAAUACAUUAUGACAGCACGAGCAACGUAGAUUCUACCAGGGAAAUAUCACAGAGCCCCCCUCCUCCUCUGUCCACAUCAACAGGUAGUUUGGUCAAUGCCAUUUCCAGUGAUGUUCCGACCGAAAAGCCACCUGUCCUCACCAACCUUUUAAAAACCCCACAAUGCCAAGAAAUGGAUCAGACCAAGAUCCACACUUCAGAUACGAUUGAGAAGACGGAACCAGAUAUCCACAUUUCUGAAACUAGAAAAUCACGUAAAACAAGCUUGCCGAAAACAUCUUCUAUUAAUAUCCCCACUGUAACGUGUCCAGCCUUUAUUAUUGUAUCAGAAGUUUCAGAGCAGAACCAAGCAAACUAUGAAAGUCUCCGUACCCCAGAUACUGUAGGAGAUCCGCUACCAGAUAUUCCUUUGGCUUCAAUGACGACGGGUAUAUUGAACAAUUUUAAGAUGCAAAGCCGCGGCCAACCCCACAGAUUUGCCCAGCUACUAUUUCAGCAUCAUGUACCCUACUCGCUGUAUAAAACGUGGACGCACAAUACCAAUUUUGAUGGUUCUCGAGGUAAACACGCUUUGCCUAAAAACCUAAAACGGGUCAUCCUUAAUGAGACUUCAGCAGCAUAUAAAAUGACUCCCGUGGUUCUAAAGAAAAUAAAAGACACGCUAAAUGCUCUGCUGCGGAUUCCUAGGACUGGCGGCUGGGAUUCUAAUUCCGACCACGGAUGAAACCGAUUUCGCUUUAUGUUCUUUCAUCUGGGAGUAUAGUAGCACUUAAGUGAAUAUUGGGUUUUAAAGCAGAAAGGUUAAUUGCUGUGUUUAUAUAGUAUGUUACUAUGAAUUUAUGAAGCAGCUGUGUGGUGACACUGCCAGCAGAAGUGGGUCUUAUAAACAUUUAUAUUGCAAUAAUGUGUUACUGUAAACAACAAUGUAGGAGUUUUUGUAAAUAACAAUAUAUUUCAGCCAUGUAUUGGACUUUAUGCUUAAAACAGGGCUGUCCACUAAUGAUGUGCGGGCUGGCCCGACACCCAUGGGUCAGGCGGGUUUAACCUUUGCACAGUUCUUGAGUUCUCCCUUCUGCUCCCCAACUUCGACCGUAUUCUGCCCGGCUUCCUCCUCCAGCAGCCUGUAUUUAUAGGCACACGCUUGCCUGCCCCACUGAGUUGGGAUCAGACAGGUUAGUCCCGGGUGCGGGUCGACAAAUGUCACCCAGCAUAUCAAUACUGUCCACAUUGCUGGCCUGCGUCUGUUGAUGAACUACAGUACAACUGUCGGGGUUGGUAGUUGUAUGUCUAAGACUCUAUCAAGUUGUGUGAGUUUU